AUGUCAACCUUCUUUUUGCUCUCUUUUGUGCUGUUUGCCUACGUUGCUAGUGCAAGAAAAGAUCCUGGUGGGGAGUACUGGAAUCAGGUUAUGAAAGGUGAGCCGAUGCCUAAAACAAUUGCAGAUCUUUUGCAACCAAAUCCUUCUACGGAUUCGACUUCGCGAACAAGGGCUCGUUUCGUUAGAAAUUUCGACACGAGCCCUAACCUUAUAAUAUAUCACAGCCACCAUCAUUUUCAUCUUCAGCCUUCUGCACCUUAA